AUGGGGGAAAAUGUGGUGCCAGAGAUCGAAACUGUGUCAGACAUGUGUAAGACAUGUCUGCAGUUUGUUAAUGUUAAAGAUCCUUACCUGUAGUAUAUAGAUGAAGACAUUUUCUAUCAUUUGGAUUUGGUAACAAAAACACACAAUUUACCAGCAAUGUUUGGGGAUGGACCUUUCCCUGUCCAGAUCUUCUGCCCAAUGCUGCCCACACAUCAGUCAGGGGCUGCACUGAGGUUUGUUGUAAUAACAGACACAGCUGUGGAUUUCUUCUCUGAACUCUGGUUUCAAUAGGUCACCUUAGACAACAUCAUCACAUGAAGUAUUGAACUUGACCAGGAACUAGCUGAGGAAUUAUUUUAAUGCAGCAAAGAAAAUCCCAACUUGGCAAGCUUCACUGGACAUAUAAUGUGUACUUAUGACUUUUGUGAAGGUGAAAAAUAA